AACAGAAAAAUCCUACAAGAUCCGGCCGGAAAUGGAAAUUCAAGGCUUGAAACUGAAAUUGGGUCGGUCAGCCUGGAGCCCAUGGGCUAGCCCGUUAAGAAAAAAGUUCCAACUAAACAUUUUGUUGUUUUCCUUUUCCUGUCCAGAAAAAGAUCUUCUAUUUUUCUGGCUUUCCUUCUUCUCCCCCAAAUCAACCACACAGAAAGAACGACCAAGAGAGAGAGAGAGAAUGGCAAUGGUGUCAUGGAACUCGGCAAUUAAUUCAGAGAGACCGGUCCUCCAAGUUUUCUGCAGAAAGAAAGAGAGAAACCGAGACAACUACCACCCCUUCAAAGUCAUCGAAAUUACGCCUCCGCCCAAGAGCCUUGGCAUUCGUUGCUUCCCCUCUAACUUGCAGUGUGGAGAGAGUGUAACAAUAGAAGGCCAAACCUACACUAUUUCAGCUGUAACUCAUCGGUACCAGCUGCGCAAGGGCAAGUAUGAACCAAGCGAGAAGAGGCUUGACGUUUUGUCCACAGGGAGAUACAUUUUGAAUUUAUACUUAGAAAGUUUACUGGAACAAUCUUAAUGUCUACUUUCUGAAUGAGUUAUCAUUUAUUUUUAGUAGGCCUCGAGUCACUAGACUGUACAGGGACCACUUUGUUUAGCUGUAUCGUAAUACUUUAAUUGGAUCCCUUACAAUAGGUUACUGUAUUCAAUGGGAUCCCUUUAGAUGUAUCAUUUUUAUGUGCAAAAUUACUAUAUUUUUAAGGCAGUUUUAUUGCACGGGAUCGAGAUCCCUUUAAUUAUGUGCAAAAUUAUUAUAC